CACACAAAUAUGAGAACAAAACAGAAAUAAUAUGACAGGAAGAGACGCAACAAAGCAGAAAACGAUUUAAAAUGUCUACGUUGCCAUUUAACCUAGAAGCUUCUGAAGUGUUUUAAAAAAGUCCCACGGUCCCUGAACGCCGCCCUGUUGCUCACGUGUCGUCAUCACCUUGAAUCCGGAAGUGCCCCGCUUGUUGUGAGCCUCUCUCCGUUGGUCCCUUCUUCUUCCUGCUGGUUCGGAUGGCGGGUUCUGUGGGUCCGGGUCUGACCGGCUCUGGGUUCUGCUGCUCUGCGGUGCUGCUGCUGCUGCUGGCAGCCGGACCUGGACUCGUCCGGGCCGUGUCGGAACCGGGGAAGUGGACGGUGGACGUCAGCGGUGAGAACCAGAAGCCUCAGUACUUCGUCUUCAGGAAGACGCUGUUCAAUGGCAGCAGCAUCCACCUGCGAGCUGUUCCUCAGAACUGCUCCUCGCCCUUCAACAUGGAGGUUUCCUGGUACCUGAGGAACUCCCACUGCUACAACGAGGUCUACAACAAGAACCUGAAUCCAGAGGACUACUUCAACUCGGCCUCCGUGGCGGCGGGCGGGGCGGCGGGGGCCUUCGCCAGUCACACCUACAAGCCAAUCAGCUGCCAGAUAACGCCCGACACUUUCAGCGUCGCGCCUUUCGACCCGGUGGUGGCGCUGAAGAACAAGCCGCCGCCGCCGCCGCCGCCGUCGGCUAAGGUGGGUCCGAACGCAGGACGCUGAUGAUGUCACCGCAGGAACGGGACAAACUGAUUCUCAUCGUUUUUCCUUUCCAAGUUAAAUUCCUCAAAUAGAUUUUUUCCCUCCAAAUAUGCAAAUGACUCCAAAUCAAACCUGAACUUAUUUAAUUAAAAUGCGUCUGCAGCCGAUACACAGAUAUUGAUUAAUCAUUGAUUAGUUUAGCUGUCGGGACCUGGAGGACGCAGACGCUGAAACGCGUUGCCUGGACGACGCUUUGCUGCGUUUUUCUGUCUACAACAGUAAAAUGAUGUCAGGAAUCUGUGGACAGAGAAUCAUUCUGCAUCACGACCAGAACCGAGCCGGGUCAGAACCGACCCGAGCUGCGGACAGACUCUACUGUGACCUUUAACGUAACUCCAGUGACCUUGAGUCGACC